GAGGGAGGUGGUGGCUGAGUCCUUACUGGCGGCGGGAACGGACGGCGGCGUUGAGAUGAGAGUCUGGGAGGCGGCCAGUCGCGUGCCGGCCGCCGCUUCGUGAACACUCACGCAGUCCUCUCACAACUUCGCCUCGCCGGCACAACGCGACCUGUUACUUCACCGACGAAUAGAGAAAGUAAAAAAAGAAACACAUUUUGUCGGUGUAGCACGCCCGGUGCCGCCUAGACCGCCCGCGCCCUCAACUGUAUACUACUUAACUCAGCUCUCACCAUGGACCCCGCCAGGAUACUGCAGAUCAUCACCAACAGCACCUGGAUGGUGACCAAGCUGGUGGGCAGCGACCCAGUGGAGUUCGAGCACUCGGAGUAUGAGGUGACGGUUCCUGAGAACACCCGCGUUGACCACCUGCUGCGGCUGUCUGCCAAGGCACAGGCUUCAGGAGAGACCGUGCAGUACAGCAUCAGCCGAGGCAACGAGGAGAGCUUGUUUCAUCUGGACCCAACAUCGGGAAGCUUGUCUCUCCUGCGGCCUCUUGAUUACGAACUAAAGCAACAGUACGAGGUGGUGGUGGCGGCGGUGGCGGGUGAGGCGAGGAGUGAGGCACGUGUAGUAGUGAAGGUAGACGACCAAAACGAUUACGCGCCGGUGUUCCUGAGGGCGCUGCACGAGACACAGAUCACCGAGGAGGACAACAGACACCUGCCCAAAGUCAUCCUGAAGCACGUGACGGCGGUGGACGGGGACGCCGGUCGGUUCGGCAGGCUUGCCUACACCAUCUCCGGGGAUGGCAUGUUCACCAACGGAUCGCGGCCUUGCUUCUCCGUGGAUGCCGCCUCGGGCACCGUGCUGCUCCUCAGGCCCCUGGACCGCGACCCUCCCCAUGGCCGGCCUCAGUGGCGCCUGCGGGUGACGGCCACGGACGGAGAGCUAGAGGCGCACACCGACAUCCGUGUUAACCUCAAGGACGCCAACGACAACGCGCCUUUCUUCCCUUCCCGAACCACCACCGCCACCGUCUCCGAGGACACGCCCCUCGGGUCGUCGGUGACGCGCGUGGUGGCCACGGACCACGACGACCCCCAGGAGGGAGACAACGCCAAGGUGACCUUCUCGCUGGAGAAGAACGCGAUCGACGAGUCGAGCGGCCGUCCCAUCUUCGCGAUCGACAGCGAGCUGGGCGUCAUCACCACGGCGCUGUGCUGCCUCGACCGGGAGAAGACCCAGCGCUACGUCAUCCAGGUGGUGGCGACCGACGGCGGUGGCCUCAAGGGCACGGGAACGGUGGUGGUGGACGUGGACGACGUGAACGACGUGCCUCCGAGGUUCUCGCGUUCCGAGUGGACGCUGGACGUGUCUGAGAGCCUCGACCCCGACAACGUGCUGGCCACACUCACCGUCGUGGACCAGGACGUCACCAAUGACUUCGCCUACAGGGUGGUGCCGGGCAGCGGGCAGGGCUGGCAAAUGUUCCGCGUGGAGGCCGCGUCUGGAUCCCUGCCCGGAGGAAACCUGAGGUCUGUGGAGUCACUCGAUUACGAGAAUCCUGACCACCGACAGAGCUUCCACUUCAGGGUUCAGGUGACAGACAUGGGGACAGCUGGAUGGGAGCGGAGCGAACACGUGGCGGAAACUUUGGUGAAGCUGAGUCUGGUUGACGAGAACGACAACGACCCAGUGUUUAGUGAGGAAAGCAUCCACCUGACGCUCCCAGAGGACACCCCGCGUGGCUCCCUCCUCGCUUCCUUCGCAGCCCUCGAUCCGGAUGCUGGUGGAGAUGGUCGUGUCCGGUAUGAGGUGAAUCUGUCAAGUGACCCAGAUCGCCUCUUUGACGUGGACGGGACAGGGGCGGUGCACUUGGCAGGUGAACUGGACAGGGAGGCCUCGGAUCUGCACACAGUGUUGGUGUUGGCAGUGGACGAAGGGGAGCUGCCGAGAACUGCCACCGCCACGCUGGCUAUCAAUGUGACAGACGUGAACGACAACCCGCCGUUCCUGUCUGAGCCUCGUGAGGUGCAGGUGAUGGAGAACAGCCAGGCACAGCUGGUGGCGCGGGUCAAGCUGGGUGACCCCGACGACUGGCGGCAGGGUCACGGGCCGCCCUUCACCAUCUCCUUGGACCCCCGCGCGCCGCCCCACGUCACCGACAGCGUCAGAGUCACGCUGGACAGGAGAGGGGACGACGGGCGGGGCGUGGGCGUGGUGUGGACGCGGGUGGCGCUGGACAGAGAGGAGCGUCCCGCCUUGCUGGUGCCCCUGGUGGUGGGCGACGCCGGGUGGCCGUCCCUCACCGCCACCGUCACCCUCACCCUGCACGUGGCCGACGUCAAUGACAACCCCAUGGCGCCCGCCGCCAAGAACGUCACCGUGCACACAAUGCAGCGGCACGGAGCGGCAGUACCUCUGGGAAGGGUGUAUGUGCAGGACCCGGACGACUGGGAUGCCGUGGACAAAACCUACGCUUGGAGAGAUUCAAAAGCCGGCUUCUCUCUCGACACUUCCAGUGGCCACUUGUCCAUGUCACCCUCCAUCCAAGACGGCAGAUAUCUCCUUGGCUUCGUGGUAAGCGACAAUCAGCAGGGACUCACGAAUGUGGAAGCCAAUGUGACCGUGAUGGUGAGGCGCAUCAGUCCACAGGAAGUCCGGCGCAUCACGCCCCUCACUCUGGCUGCCAGCACAGUGAGACUAGUGCGACCGCCCAGCGAGGGUGGAGCGUCAUUGCUCAAUCGUUUGGUGGAUGCAGCGCGAGCGUGGGCGGGCGGAGGCGAAGAAGCAGUAAAGGUGGUGUCCUUGCAGCCGUUAGAUGGGACGCCUUCUUCCACGCGGAUCUGGCUCUCUGCCACAGGCAUUGUUAACUUCGAUCACUUUUUAAUGUAUCACAAAAGACAGCUGAGUGAAGCAUUAGGGGUCAGCAUCAAAGACGUGGGUGUAGUCACUUGUCACGAAGACGUGACAUCCUCAAAGGACACUGUGGCGGAGGAGAGGUGUGUGGGCGGCUGUUGGGUUGGUCUUACAAAUGACUUCAGUGUGGUGGACGCCAACUCUUCAGCAGUGGUGGGACCGCGAGUGGUGGUACGGGGUCCGUGUGGCUGCUUGAACACUGCCACACCCAUCCGGGCCAGCUCUUGCACUCCCGACACCUGCCUCAAUGGUGGCAGGUGCCUCAGUACAUCCUCAGGCACUAGGUGCAUCUGUCCUUACGGCACGUGGGGUUCUCGCUGCAAGGUGCUCACCAGACAUUUUGAGGGCAGCAAAACGGAAAAGCAGAACAACGCUAGUCCCUUUCCCGCAGGUGCGUGGGCGUGGGUACCCCCGAUUCCACUUUGUGUAGAGGUACACAUGAGCUUUGAGGUGCUGACUAUGGCGGGGACUGCUGUUCUUCUUUACUCUGGGCCAGAACAGGAAAGUGGGCAAGGGCCAAGGAAACGUGACUUGCUGCUGCUGGAGCUUCGCCAGGGACAGCCAGUGCUGCUGCUGGACCUGGGUGGCGGUCCCGUCACCCUCACCCUCAAUUCCUCCUCCCUGGCUGACAACACGUGGCACAGGAUAGACCUCAUUUGGAAGCACGAGCAGGUAGAGAUGAUCUUGGACCUGUGCUCAGGUGAGAGUUGGGGCGAAACACCAACCUCUUCUCAUGCCGCUAAGAACCGAACGUUAACCCCUGUUCUUCCCGAGACCUAUGUGUGUCGGGUGGCGGCCACUCUGCCGCGGAGCGACCACAUCCUCAAUACAAGCAGGGUGCUUCAGUUGGGCGGACUGGUGCAACCUAUGACCACCUUGACAGUCAAAGAGAUGUCCCCAGUAAAGUCUCCCCACUUUCGUGGUUGCAUCAGGAAUCUCAGGGUUAACAGCGAGUUGGUAGAUCUGGGAGACGGCGUUUUGAGCAAAGCCAGUACGCCGGGAUGCCUUGCCACAGACUGCCACGCUAACCACCUCCACUGUGGUCUCCACGGAAGGUGUCAGGGGUCACCGGGGUCCCUGCGGUGUGAGUGUCAGCCAGGGUGGAGCGGUCCGGGCUGUGCCUCGCCCACCACGCCCGCCACCUUCUUCCCCAACAGCUACGUCAAGCUGGCCCUGUCCUUCUCACCGCUGGCCUACACCACCUCCAUCACCCUCAGGUUCCGCACCAUAAGGAGGAGAGGCGAGCUGGUGGUGCUGUCAUCGCAGCACGGGCUGGACAGCUGGUCUAUACAACUGGUGGGCGGCCGCCUAUGUACGGUGCUGCACCUUCAGCCAAGAUCACCAUCUAUGCUGUGUCUGUCGCAGGCUGCCCUUACAGAUGGUCGCUGGCACUCCCUUGUCGCUACAAGGUACGGCUCGGCAACAUUCCUGGAAGUGGACGAUGGGGAAGGUGACCUGUACAACGCCUCGCUGGUGCUGGAGGGAGAGCAGUUCCUGGAUGUAGACAAACAGGAAGGUGUCCGUGUGGGCGGGUCUCCUUAUUUUCAGGACACGGAAGUUCUUAAAAUCAACAAUGAUUAUUUUGACGGCUGCAUCGACGAUCUCCGCAUAUCAAGCCGCAGCGCAUCACUACCGCCAGCUAUUAAUAGCACACCCUGGAGUCAGGCUAGCGCCUUCACAGGUGUGGAACAAGGCUGUGUCGCACCGUCGACCUGUGUCAACGUUUCCUGCAGAGCCCCGCUCUCCUGUAUCGAUACCUGGAGAUCCUACCACUGUGGGUGUGGGGAGGGCCGUGUGCUGAGUCGGGACCGCAUGAGGUGUGAGGACGAGAACGAAUGUGCAUGGCAACCUUGCCUUAGCGGCGGCACAUGUUUCAACACCCAACCAGCAAAUGGACACUCAGGCUACGUGUGCUCCUGCCCGGCGGGGUUCAGUGGACGGCACUGCCAGGUGGCUGACAUAGGCCAGACCUCCCUCAAGCUGCCCGUAGGCGUUCUCAUUACCAUCGUCGUAUGGUGCAUCUUCCUUAUCUUGCUGGUGUGUGCAUUCCUGCUCCAUCAACACCACCGCCGCGCCGCGUUGCGCAAGAGCAUGAUGGAUGCCAAGGAUACCGGAGGGGACUGUAAGGGUAAAGUGUCCCCACUUUGCAGGCACACACCCAAUCUACUCGAGCUGCAGGUUCAGAAACCAGCAAGACCAAGCAGUCACCCUACUUGGGCCAGAAAUCCCAACAUUGCAGAGGUGGACGUGUUACAAGUAGAUGCAAUUGUGAUGCCGAGCAGCGAAGAAAGCGUUUUCACCUCCACGUUUUACCAGCGAACCUCAGAGGUCUCUGCGGCCAUCACGGAGGGUCGUGACUCCCCCCGCAGUAUAUCACAGGAAAGGAGCGAUUUGCAAAUAUAUGAUUGUGAAGAGGAACACUCUUCUCCUAGAUUAAUCAUCUCUCUCCCUGAAGUUGUAUCCUCGCAAGGAUCGUCUCUGUCUUGAAGCUUCACCCCGCCACACCUGCUGGGUAGAGAGCGGUGCAGGUUGGCUCAAGUGAAUUAAGGAACAUGAGAUGAUCUGUUACACGCACUACCUUGAAAAGACCAUAAUUGUCCAUUCCGUCCAUUAUGACGACUACGAGGGGUCCACCACGGCCAGCACUGGGCUUCUGUUUCAGAAUGACUUUUGAGGAAACAAAGACAAGAACAACUUGCUGGCGCAACGUCUCCCCGGCUUCCCUGGAAACAGAAUAUCUUUGCCCUGUGAAGAGGGAUAGAAAUGACAAG